GAUUAACUGUGAGCGCGCACAGCACGCCCCCGUUUCGUCCAUCAAUCCGCGGGGAGAGUGAACAUGACGGCCCGGUCUGUGCGGUCCCUCUCCGGAGCCCUGAAGCUCGUGUUCAGCAACCGGUUAACCAGGGUUUACAGUGCGGCCGCAUGUAAUCAGAGACACAAGUCCACUUACACUACCAUCCCUCCGCCGGCACUGUACGGAGGCAGACACACCGUGACUCUGAUUCCUGGAGAUGGCAUCGGACCAGAGCUGGCCAAGCACGUGUGUGAACUAUUCCGGUUCUGCUGUGUGCCAGUGGACUUUGAGGUUGUCAAUGUGGACUCAUCUGUGGACUCAGAAGAAGACAUCAAUAAUGCCAUCAUGGCUAUUAGACGCAAUGGAGUUGCACUAAAAGGUAACAUUGAGACCAACCACAACCUGCCCCCCUCCUACAAGUCCAGAAACAACCUGCUCCGCACCACUCUGGAUUUGUAUGCCAAUGUGAUGCACUGCCAGUCCCUACCAGGAGUGAGGACACGCCACAGAAACAUCGAUAUCAUGAUCAUCAGGGAGAACACCGAGGGAGAGUACAGCAGCCUGGAGCACGAGAAUGUACCGGGCGUCGUUGAAUGUCUGAAGAUCAUCACCAAGACCAAAUCUCUACGCAUCGCUGACUACGCGUUCAGAACGGCGAGGGCCAAAGGACGCGGACGAGUCACGGCUGUACACAAAGCUAACAUCAUGAAGUUGGGUGACGGCCUCUUCCUGGAGUGCUGUAAGGAGGUUGCCAGCGGUUACCCUGAGAUCACCUUCGACAGCAUGAUUGUGGACAACACCACCAUGCAGCUGGUUUCCAGGCCCCAGCAGUUCGAUGUGAUGGUCAUGCCCAACCUGUACGGCAACGUAGUGAGUAAUGUGUGCGCCGGGCUGGUUGGCGGACCGGGUCUGGUGCCUGGAGCCAACUAUGGACAGGACUACGCCGUGUUUGAGACGGGCACCAGGAACACCGGGAAGAGCAUUGCUAACCAAAACACGGCCAACCCCACGGCCAUGCUGCUGGCCUCCUGCCUGCUGCUGGAUCACCUGAGGCUCCACGCUUACGCCAGCAUGAUCCGCAGAGCCAUCCUCUCCACGGUCACCGAGACUCGGCUGCACACGGUGGACCUGGGGGGCCAGGGCUCCACCUCUGAAGUGGUCCGCUCCGUCAUGAACGCCGUUCAGAGCACCGGGCCCCUGACACUGAGCAUCUAGAACAAACAUUCAUGUGCAAAUUCUCUCUCUCUCUCUCUCUGGCACUGCAGAGUGCAUAUAUUACAGUGUGCCUCUCUUCAGUAGUCUUCUAUGCAAUUUCAUAAUAAUAAUAAUAACAAGAGAGUUGUUUGAUAGUAAUACUGAAAUGAAACUGUA